AGGGACAAGGGCCGGAGGAGCCGGGAGGCACCGCGGGAAGCGGGGAGGGGUUUCUCUACGCCCGCGUUCCCGGCGACUCCGUGGGGGUCCGCGCGUGCGCAGAGAGGGCCCGGGCCGGUUCCGGCCUCCGCGGUGCCCGCGCGCGCCCCCGCGGAGACCAAGUCCGCGGUGGGCUCCGGCGCGGCGGCGCGCGCCAGGGGGCGGUCCUGCGCGGCCGGCCCCGCCCUCCCUCCGCGCUCCUCCCCUCCCAGUCUCCCCCGCGCUUCCUGCACUCCGGCAGUCUCCGCCGCGUCCCCUCUCCCGGCUGCUCGCUCCCGCGGUGCCAUGGCGGCCUUCAGCAAGUACCUGACGGCGCGAAACUCCUCGCUGGCGGGGGCCGCGUUCCUGCUGCUCUGCCUGCUCCACAAGCGGCGCCGCGCCCUCGGCCUGCACGGAAAGAAGGGAAAAAAGAGCGAGCUAUGGUGGACAAGGUGUUUUUUUCAAGGCUGUCACGGAUUCUGAAAAUCAUGGUCCCUAGAACAUUUUGUAAAGAGACAGGUUACUUGAUACUUAUUGCUGUUAUGCUGGUGUCUCGAACAUAUUGUGAUGUUUGGAUGAUUCAAAAUGGGACACUCAUUGAAAGUGGUAUCAUUGGUCGUAGCAGAAAAGAUUUCAAGAGAUACUUAUUCAACUUCAUCGCUGCCAUGCCUCUCAUCUCUCUGGUUAAUAACUUCUUGAAGUUUGGGUUAAAUGAGCUCAAACUGUGCUUCCGAGUAAGGCUAACUAAAUACCUCUAUGAGGAGUAUCUCCAAGCUUUCACAUAUUAUAAAAUGGGGAAUCUGGACAACAGAAUAGCUAACCCAGACCAGCUGCUUACACAAGAUGUAGAAAAAUUUUGUAACAGUGUAGUUGAUCUGUAUUCAAAUCUUAGUAAGCCAUUUUUAGACAUAGUUUUGUAUAUCUUCAAGUUAACGAGUGCAAUAGGAGCUCAGGGCCCAGCGAGCAUGAUGGCCUAUUUGCUUGUUUCUGGGCUGUUCCUAACUCGACUUAGAAGACCCAUUGGUAAGAUGACAAUAACUGAGCAAAAGUAUGAAGGAGAGUAUAGAUAUGUUAAUUCCCGGCUCAUCACAAACAGUGAAGAAAUUGCCUUUUAUGAUGGGAAUAAAAGAGAAAAGCAGACAAUCCAUGCGGUCUUCCAAAAACUGGUGGAACACCUGCAUAAUUUCAUUUUGUUUCGGUUUUCUAUGGGCUUCAUCGAUAGCAUAAUUGCCAAAUAUCUUGCCACUGUUGUUGGUUACCUAGUUGUCAGCCGCCCUUUCCUAGAUUUGUCUCAUCCUCGACAUCUCAAGAGUACACAUUCAGAACUUCUGGAGGAUUACUACCAAAGUGGAAGGAUGCUUUUGCGGAUGUCUCAAGCUCUGGGUCGAAUAGUUUUGGCUGGCCGCGAAAUGACUAGAUUGGCUGGUUUUACUGCUCGGAUUUCAGAAUUAAUGCAAGUAUUAAAGGAUUUAAAAAAUGGAAAAUACGAACGCACAAUGAUCUCUCAACAAGAAAGGGGUAUUGAAGGAGCACAAAGCAUUCCCUUGAUACCUGGAGCUGGAGAAAUCAUCAAUACUGAUAACAUUAUAAAAUUUGAUCAUGUUCCUUUAGCAACGCCAAAUGGAGAUAUCUUGAUCCGAGAUCUUAAUUUUGAAGUUCGAUCUGGGGCCAAUGUUCUAAUUUGUGGUCCAAAUGGCUGUGGGAAGAGUUCACUUUUCCGUGUUCUUGGUGAAUUAUGGCCUCUUUUUGGAGGACGUCUAACUAAACCUGAGAGAGGAAAGUUAUUUUAUGUUCCUCAGAGACCUUAUAUGACCCUUGGAACCCUUCGAGACCAAGUGAUAUAUCCAGAUGGAAGAGAAGAUCAAAAAAGGAAGGGGAUAUCUGACCUAGUACUGAAGGAAUACUUAGAUAAUGUCCAGUUGGGUCAUAUUCUUGAACGCGAAGGAGGCUGGGACAGUGUUCAGGAUUGGAUGGAUGUGCUCAGUGGUGGAGAGAAGCAAAGAAUGGCAAUGGCAAGAUUAUUUUAUCAUAAACCCCAGUUUGCCAUUUUGGACGAGUGCACCAGCGCAGUGAGUGUGGACGUGGAAGGCUACAUCUACAAUCACUGUCGAGAGGUUGGCAUCACCCUCUUCACUGUGUCUCAUAGGAAGUCUCUUUGGAAACACCAUGAGUACUACCUGCAUAUGGAUGGCAGAGGCAAUUAUGAAUUUAAACAGAUAACAGAAGAUACAGUUGAGUUUGGCUCUUAGAAUCCAGAGAACUGUACCUGCUUCAAUGAAAUAAUUACAGAACACACUUAGAAAUGCAAAGUACAUUGUAAAAUAAAGUUGAGCUUUUUUAAAACCAAGCAGCAAACUAACUAAAUAUAAAAUAAUCGAGAACAAGUUGUUAAAACCUUUAAUAUUAUGUAGGAUAUUGCUAAUUGUGUAUAUGUUGGUUUAAUUAUUAAUAUGUACUAAGAAUGACCUUAUUCUUGUGGUUGAAAAACUGCCUAAAUUAACUUGGGCUUAAAUCAGUGUCACCUGAUUCACCUGGGGAUAUAAGUCAUUGAAAGUCAGCUAAUUUGACUCAUGGCUUUGUCUUUUCCUUCAAUGAAGAACCCUGUUUAAAACUGGUAUCAUCACAUGUCCUGUUAUAACAAGAUAGUUUUGAGUUUAAUUUUCUUGUGCCCCUGAUGGUGGGAAGCAAACAAAUCAUAGUGUAUUAUCAAAAUGCACAGCAUCAUUGCAUAAGCGCAUUUAUUCACAGCGGCAGGUUUCUUUAGCUGCCACAGUUAUACUCAUUCCUUGUAUAUGUCCUGGGAUACAUUUGACUCCAGGACAGCCAUUUGAAUUUCCUUUGGCCAAAUAAUAAAUGUGUCCUGCUCAAUCUUCAGUGUUGAGUUGAUUUAAGGGUUUUUACAAAAAGUAUACCCAGUCUUGCUUACAAAAGGUGGUUACUAUGUUUCACACUUACUCUUCCCAAUGUUUGGGAUAUUAAAAGACAAAGUCUUUAAAUGUCAAGUUCAAGGUCUUAGAUGUUUAGAUUUUUUAAAAGAAUCACGAAUUUGUGUACAUUAAAGCCCAUUCAUUAGAAGUGUGGUGGUUACAUGGUGUGAAACUCCAAAUGAGUCAUAAGAAUGCACUACAUGAACGAACGCACUGAGUAUACAACAUUAUCACUACCUUUGAUUGUGAUUUUAUGUUUAAAAAAUGUUAUAAAAAUAUUAUGCACAUGGGUGAAUUAUGUUCCGUAGGUACUGUUUUAUCUCCAUGAAUUUUUCAUAGCUUUUUAAUAUUUGGGUUAUUAUGUUGAACUAUCCUAAGAGAAAUCAAUUUCACCUUACCAGACCACCAUUAAUGACCACAUCUAUUAUUUGCACAGGGAGAACUGAAACUGAAUAUUAUAAAUAAGCUAGAUAUGAAAUCAGUCUUAUCAAAUGGGGGUUCAGAAAGGGACAUUCUUUAUUCUUGUUUCUGCAUAGCUGGUUUUGUUUUGUUGCAGAAUUAAUUAUAAGAAUUAUCAUCUACUAAAGUAAAACUUGAUUUACUGAUUCCAUACUAUAUAACAUUCAGUUUUUACCACUCUUUAACAAACUUGUAUACUUAAUUUCUGUUCAGUUUUUUUUUUUUUUUUUUAAUCAGAUAUUCUAUACACCCUUUGCUUGUUCUUUUUAUUCUGGUAUCUAAAUAAUGGGUAGUUCAUACAGCCUUGACUUGAAAAACACAAAAAUAAAUUAACAUUCAGAAAGCC